UGGAGUGGCACCGUAUGUUUCCCGCCGGCUGAAAACCUUUUUCUCAAGCCGCCGCUCCGGCGCACUAUUCCUUACGAAAAUCAACAGAUUGUCUCUUCCAGGUUGGAUUAUUCGCUUGUUCAUCAUAUAUCAGCACAUUGGCGGAUAACUCCACAGUCUGUUCAUCAUAUCUCAGGAUGUCUGUUGCGCAAGCUGCUGCUGCCUCCUUACCACUGAUCGCGCCAGCGAGCCUGGGGGAGUUUUGCACUUUCAACCUUUGGAUGCAAGGUCAAAUGAUAAGCUUGUGAUGUCUAGCUCAGAGAGGCUUUCAGUAAAACCAUUGUACGAGCCCAUGCGAAGUCGUUCUGCUGUUAUCAUAUGCUCAGCUGCUCUGAAUGCAAGGUGUUCGGCUUCUGAGCAGACUCAAACCGUAACCAAGCAGGCCCCAACCAUAACCCAGGUGCCUGUACGAGAACCAACAAAGACUCCUCACCUGGAUGAUGGCGGGCCUGGACUUCCACCUUGUGACGGUGGAGGCAGCGGUGGAGGGGGAGGUGGCGGUGGAGGGAAUUGGUCUGGUGGUUUUUUUCUUUUCGGCUUUCUUGUAUUUCUAGGAUUCUUGAAAGAUCAGGAGAGCGAAGAUGAUUAUUCAGAGCGUAGGAGGAGAUGAAUGUGUAUGCUGCCUUUCACAUCGAUAGUAUUCUUUGUAUGUUGAUUAUAGAAUUUGAAGUCGAAAUAUAGGUGGAAUACCUGUAUAUUGCUUAUUGAGGCAAAUAGAUUGAUUUAGCUAAAGCAAGCAAGC